ACUUCCCAUCUACUGUACUGUAAUAAAAAGCGCGUUCAUGUGUUUGCUCCUCCAAACAGCCAAUAAGCGCGUGACCUGAGGCCUCGUGCACGAGGCUGGGUCGCGACCGGAAGUGAUCUAAUUCCCGUUCCAAGAGAAUUUCUAUGGAAGAGAUGUCAGGAGAAAGUGUGGUGAGCUCAGCUGUGCCGGCAGCUACAACACGGACCACCUCCUUCAAGGGGUCCAGUCCCAGUUCCAAAUAUGUGAAGCUGAAUGUGGGGGGAGCGCUGUACUACACCACCAUGCAGACCCUGACCAAGCAGGACACCAUGCUGAAGGCCAUGUUCAGCGGCCGUAUGGAGGUCCUUACUGAUAGUGAAGGCUGGAUUCUGAUUGACAGGUGCGGGAAGCACUUUGGGACCAUCCUGAACUACCUGAGAGAUGGGGUCGUCCCGUUACCUGAGAGCCGGAGAGAGACGGAGGAGUUACUGGCAGAGGCGAAGUAUUACCUGGUGCAGGGCCUGGUGGAUGAGUGUCAGGCGGCAUUACAGAACAAAGAUGCAUAUGAACCAUUCUGUAAAGUUCCACUGGUGACGUCUUCUAAGGAGGAACAGAGGCUCAUUGCCACUGCAAAUAAGCCUACAGUCAAACUGCUGUACAACAGGAGCAACAAUAAAUAUUCAUAUACGAGCAACUCUGAUGACAAUAUGUUGAAGAACAUUGAGCUGUUUGACAAGCUGUCUCUGAGGUUCAAUGGCCGAGUGCUUUUCAUCAAGGAUGUGAUUGGUGAUGAGAUUUGUUGCUGGUCCUUUUACGGCCAGGGCAGGAAGAUUGCAGAGGUGUGCUGCACGUCAAUAGUCUACGCCACUGAGAAGAAGCAGACAAAGGUUGAGUUCCCAGAGGCUCGCAUCUACGAAGAGACCCUUAACAUCUUGCUCUAUGAGUCUCAAGAUGGCCGCGGACCUGAUAAUGCACUGCUGGAGGCCACAGGGGGCGCCGCAGGGCGUUCCCAUCACAUCGACGAGGACGAAGAGAGGGAGCGCAUUGAAAGAGUGCGGAGGAUCCACAUCAAGCGUCCUGAUGACCGCACUCACCACCAUCAGUGACCCUGCAGCUCCUCCUCUUUUCAGUGCCUUAACAACUACCAGCGAUUCGGUUACGCCCCUCUGUUUGCACACAGACACGUCAGUUAAGUUUAUCCCGAGUCUGUUUCCUAAGAGAGACAUAGGGAUACUCUCAGAAUCGCUAGUAUUGAUAAUGUUACAUAAUUGUAACAUAUAGGGCAGUGCAACCUCGUGCAUUUUUGAGGACCUCACUAAAAAGAUGCUAUGAUGGUGUAAAUGUGAACAGAAUGCACAACAGAUGGUUAGUUUUACUGCAUUCAUGACAUUCCCUGAACAUGUUGCCCUAUUUGCCAUUCAUUCAAUAUAUCUAUUCGAUCAGCUGAACUGUCAUUUACUUGUAGGUUUGCAGCAAAUGGAUAUUUUCCAAAUUUAGUUGUCUACCGUAGUAUUUUUGUAUUUGACAUUAUUUACCAUAUUUUUUCUGUUCGAAGGAAGACUAGGGUUCCUGAUGCCUUAUAGAUUAAUCCUGUUCGUGUGUGUUGUGUGAUAGACGUUGGAUGUUUGUGGAUUUUGAGUGUAGUUUAUCCCUCUUUUCUUAUUUAUUUGGUUUGCUUUGUGUUAGAGCCAGGAUUUCACAGUGCUGAUAGUGUCUUACCGAGAUUCAGGAUAAUGAAUUGACAGAUUCGUAAUCUGUCAGUUUUUCAUUUUAUUAUGCUUGCGCAAAAACAUUCAUGCACGCUGUCACUUGAGGAUUGUAUGUGCUGGAUUUUUGGACAGGUCUGUAUGAGUUUGGCCAAUAGAUGGCAGUGUAGUGUUAUGGUGUUUUCACUCAUCUACAUAAGGAGGAGGCACUUUUAAACGGUAGUUGUCAAAUUUUCUAUCCCCUUCUAGCUACAAUCAGUAAAAUAGAUUAUGCUAUUACAUAACUUUCUGCUGAACUGUAUUAAAUUCCAUCAAGUUAAUUACGCUUCUGGGUUUUGUAAGUGAUCUCAUUCGAGCAAAGAAACUGAGAUGUAGUCAGAAGCAUUCAGAUGUAUAUCUGUAAUUGAGAAAUGGACACCAAUAUGAGUGUGUAAUCAGAGACCGGACAGUGUCAAAGAAGCUCCAGGAAGUACGAGAGUACAGGCUCUCCUCUGCUGCAGCGUCAUAGAUGGUUUGUGAUUUAUUAGAUUUAUUAAAGGUGUAUUUAAACGAAAUCAAAAUAAAAACUUUGAAAUCUGUAAUACUGUAGAGAAGUUUGUACAGACGUGCACAUGAAUGAAAAUGUUUUACAUACAAAUUAUUUAUACACACGUUAUCACAAAUAAAGAUUUCUACAAAUUUUGUAGAUCAAACUGC